AUACCAUGAUGCUUCACAGAGUUCAUUUACUUCUGCUUGCAUCCGAAGCUUGCCGCUCCGCUACACGAAGCUGAAAACCGACGCCACCAAAACAACAAACACUGAAAUCCGAAUCACGGCAUUUUCAUUUCAUUUAGAGCAGCUAGAGAAGCGCUAGCAAGUUUAAUCCCUGAGCGCUGGCGGAUAUGAAGCACAGACUUCAAGCCAAAAACAAGAAAUUUCAACAACAACAACAAGUUUAAUCCCCGUCUCUCAUCUGGGAAAAGAUCGCGUCAUCUGCAUGGAAUUUUGUGCGAAAAAGUAAAGUUAAUUUUGUUAAGUGCCGGCGAGUGAAUUUCUUGAAAAAAGUUAGUGAUACAAUUCAUAAUCCGCGGCGGUGAUGGGGUGUUUCGAGAGUAAACCCAGCGACCAGCAUCAGCCUACAGCCGUUCGCGGUUGCACUGAUAUUUUCUGGCUCGUUCUCUACGUUUUGUUUUGGGUUGCGCUGAUAAUAAUCGCCGUGUUCUCGUUCGUGUAUGGCAACCCUCUGCGUAUCAUCAAUGGUUAUGACUCGUUUGGCAAUACGUGCGGUGUUGAAAGCAAUGAAAAAUUCUCCCAUUUCCCGCUUUCUGGCAUGAACACGCUCGACAAACCGUACGUUUUUUUCCUGGACAUCAAGGAGCUGCGCCAGUCGUUAAAAAUCUGUGUCAAGGAAUGCCCAAAAAGGGAAAUCACCAGUGCAGUAGAAUUGUUCCGCUACUAUGAAGAGAGAGGGGCGCAGUACUGUCGGUAUGAUUUUAACAUGAGCCUUCUGACAACGCAGGAAGCAUCCGGGCCGAAAUACUUUGCGUUUGCCGGACCCUGUCCAAAGUUCCCUGUUCACGAACAGACACCGGUUCUGCACCGUUGUAUUCCUACCGGUAAAAAUGCUUCUCUUCAUCAGAUAAAGGAUAUGUACGCACUGAUCAACUCCUGGGGUGCUGCUGAGCAAUUUUUUAGCGACCUGUAUAAAACCUGGCCAACCAUCGUGCUCAUCUGCGGUUUAAGCUUGAUUUUUUCUAUUAUCCUGAUAACGAUGCUACACUGGUUGACAUCGAUUAUUUCGUGGUUGAUCUGUAUCUUUGUCGCAGUUGCCAGUAUUGGAAUCACAGGAAUUCUUUGGUGGAGUUACUAUAAGUCGAAACACAACAUGGAUAUGGAUCCUAAAAUGUCUUACUUGGAAGAACUGGUGCGGAACGAGACUACUAUCUACGUGCUGGCUAUUUUGGCUACCUUCAUAAUGAUUAUUUUGUUGGUUAUUAUCUAUUAUUUGCGUGAGAAACUAAGUGGUUUGGCAGCUCUUUUCGAAGAGGCUGGCAAAUGCAUGAUUGAGCUACCGGGUUUAUCCGGUCCCCCGAUAUUUGCGUUCAUUGCGUUGGCGAUAUUUCUCACGUUCUGGAUGGUGGUAAUUGUUUGCUUAGCGACUGCCAACUAUCCGCACUCAAAACCGCUGCUGCCCUUUACACAGCUGAAGGACAAUCCGAACAAGACUGAGGCCACCGUGAAGCCCGACGUGGCUAUAAUCAAUAAUACGUACAAAUCUCUUGAGCUCGUCGAAUAUCCCGAGGCCGACUAUUUGCGUCACAUGCUGUGGAUCUAUAUUAUUGGCCUAGUUUGGACAACGGAGUUCAUCUUUGCAUGUCAACAGCUGGCGAUUGCGGGAGCCGUUGCAUACUGGUAUUUCCGUAAACCCACUGACACUCCUGUACUGCAGGCCAUCGCCAAACUUGUCAAGUACCACUUGGGAUCGGUUGCUAAAGGAUCGUUGAUCAUUACGCUGUUCAAAAUACCUCGCUUGAUACUAACCUACCUCUAUGCAAAAUUGAAACGACACCAGCAGGAAGGUUCCGAGUGUGCUAGUUGCUGUCUUAAGUGCUGUAUCUGCAGUUUCUGGUUGCUGGAGAAGUUCAUUCGUUAUCUCAACCAUAAUGCCUACACGGUGAUAGCGAUUGAAAGUGUCAAUUUUUGUCCUGCGGCCAAAAUCGCAUGGAAUGCGCUGGUUACAAACGCCCUUCAAGUUGCCACCAUUAACGGUAUUGGUGAUUUUGUGCUGUUCCUGGGUAAGCUCGCAGUAGCUGCCCUGUGCGGUUCAAUAAGUAUUCUCAUACUACGUGAUAAUCCGAAUGUGCACUUCUAUAUGGCCCCCGUUAUAAUUAUCACAAUAUUCUCUUUCUUCAUUGCUCACAUCAUUCUGUCGCUGUAUGAGAUGGUUGUUGACACCUUAUUUUUGUGUGUCUGUGAGGAUCGCACAAUCAACGGCAACGCAGGUCGCUGGAAGGAGAGUAAUUUGGCCCGCUUACUCGGAGAAUCACCGGAAACAGAUGCCGUGGAAGCUCCAAUGCAGGUAGUCGAAAUGACCGCCAUCACAAAGCAGCCGUUUUCUAUGCAAAGCUUACAAAUGACUGACAUCGAUAAUAACACGGCUUAAAGCGAUUUACCUCUACGCCAGCAGAAGAAUGGAGGCACAAAAAGACAACAUAUUUAUUUGUCGAUGUAGUAAGAGAGUUUUUAAGCAGUUUUUUCUACAAUCUCAAAAGUAGAUUCACUUAGCUAAUAAAGUGUUUUUAUAAGGCUCUACCAGCCAGCAUCUGUUUACAAGAUGGCAUUUUCACGAAGGGAAACAAAUCCAUCCAGGUUUUGUAAGAUAUAUUUUAUUUACAUCAUCGUACGCACACGAAUACUGACUCGCUAGUUUAUAUGCUCAAAAUUGACGAAAUACUAUAUUUAAUAUUUAUUCUACAUUUGCUGGAAUACUAUCAAAACUCAUGGUUAACUGAAAACAUUAUAUACUAAUUACCAUGUUAUCGUAUAAAACAGUUCGAAAUAUUCAAGGUAUUUAUCAUUUGUUGAAGGUCCUCCAUCGUUACAAACUAAAGCCAACAUGAAAUAUUUAUCCUCUCCUAUCCUCCUUAUCCUCCUUAUCUACAUAUUGAUGUUUGAUAAAUGCAAUUUCAGAUUAUAGAAACAAAUGUUGAGAUGAUAGUUUUACCGUAUGUAUAAAACAUAUAUCGCAAAUAAAAACAUACUUAUGCUUACGAUGUAA